AUGCAUCGCACACCUCCUAAGACAAGUAAAGUGGGCACUGCAUCUUCGAGUAUUCCCCCCUCUAGGACAAAGGGAACAGAAGUAGAAAAACGUACCAUGGAGGAGUCUGGGACGACAGCGCCCGGUUCUGCCUCUACAAAGGCGCAGGGCGCCCCAGUCACCCCCAAGGCGAAAAUCGGAAAAAAGGAUAAGGAAGGUCCUAAAGAGGGGAAGCUCAUACAGGCCCACUCACCCAUGACAGCCACUCAAAGAUACAGAGUGCAAGGAGCGCAAGAAAUGGAAAACCUGGUAGAGACAGUAAUACAAGGUUCAGGAAACCUUAAAAGAGAUUUCAAAAUAAGCUUGCAGCGGGUCAAAGCAUGGAUCCAAAAAUUGGCACGCGACCCCGAGUCCAUCUCAGAGGCCGCGACGGCCCGGAGGGGAACCGGGGGCCCCGUGGGUGGGGUGGAGGUCGGUACAAAUACUGACCUCGCACCUACGGCGCCCCUGGACCCAAACCGGGCCCAAGUUCCGGUCGAAAAGAUAGAUGAGCUCACUCGGCUUCUCCUAGAGAACACGGAGUGUACUCGGGCUCUCGGGGAGAAGAUGAUGAAGUACAACGACGCGAUGGAGACACAUCAGCGUAGCUACGCCAAUGUAGCCGCUGUGGCUCCGCAGCAAGUAAGACCAAAGGCUCUGCAAUCCGAGAAGGUACUUGAAAGAAUAAGAGAGACGAUGGAAGCAAAGGAAGGAUGGAUAAAGGUGGAG